GAUGGUACUCUCGGAAGACGUCAGUUUUGGCGCUAAAUUCUCCGACUUCCCGCGCUCGUAUCGUCCACGUGCGCUCAAACUGUAAUUUUCAAUUUAACUGUUAUGUAUCAUGAAACGCUAUGUUUGGGUGACACUGAAUUAAGUUUACGUAGUUGCCAUAUUAAUGUUUUUCUAGACUUAUGAUUGUGCUGUGUCUCUAUCAAUAUUAUCUUCGAUCGCGUGUGGAAACAUUACAUCGAGGGACACAUGUUUUCAACGUCGACGAAGGCGGCCUGGUGGCUGGCUACAUUUUUUAGUGUAUUAGUGACAGCGGAGAUGCCGACACAAACAGAGGCGGAGCCCGAAUUCUUGCAAGCCCUGGAGAACCACACCGUGACUCUGGGACGCGACGUGCACUUCACAUGCGUCGUCAACCACCUCUCAAACUACAGGGUGGCGUGGAUAAAGUCAGAUUCGAAAGCAAUCUUGGCGAUUCACACGAACAUGGUGGCUCUGAACCCUCGCCUCUCCGUCACGUACAAUAACCACAAUACGUGGAAACUGCGCGUCAGCAACGUGCAGCCAAACGAUUCCGGUACAUACAUGUGUCAAGUCAACACUGAUCCAAUGAAAAGUCAGAUGGGUCACUUAUCUGUAGUGAUCCCACCGGAUAUAGUCGAUUCGGCAACUGAAGGUAGUUCGGCUCAAGAAGGCGGCAGUAUCAGGUUAACGUGUACGGCCACAGGGCUGCCAACUCCCGCUGUGCUGUGGCGUCGACAGAACAACAAACCCAUUGUGUUUAGGCAUGACGGAGGACGAGAAAAGAAAGUGGUGGAAAGUUAUAGAGGUGAGAGCCUCGAAUUGUCCCACGUGCAAAGAAACGACAUGGGAACUUAUUACUGCAUCGCAAGCAACGGGGUCCCGCCCACUGUCAGCCGCCGUUACCAAGUCGAAGUUCAUUUUAUACCACAAGUGAAAGUGACGAACCAACUGGUGGGAGCUCCGCUGGGAAGCGACGUGGAAUUGCAGUGCUACAUCGAAGCCUCUCCUAAAGCAAUGAACUCUUGGUCUCGGGAAGACGCGUUACUUAGUGACAAACUGGCAGAGAAUCCGAAGUUGCGAGUCAAAGAGGCCAUUGUCAACGAAUACUCAUUAUGGAUGAAUUUGACUAUCAAAUCGCUAGCUCCUAGUGAUUAUGGAACAUAUGUUUGUGCUUCGGUUAAUGCGCUUGGGAAGAUGGAGAGUCAAGUCAGCUUACACAGGUUGGAGUUGAGCAUGAAUGGUUUUGGAGCUGAAGAACCUAUGGUGUCCGGUGCUGCAUGGCAGAGAGCUAGGAGCUCCCCAACUGGAACUCGUCCCGCCGCUUCUCAUGCUCAGUACCACCACCUCACGAGAGAACUUCCACCGCAAAUAUACGCGCUAGUGAUCGCUCUACUAAGAUAUCUAACCUUCUAAUUUUUCAACUUAACUUCGUAUGGAACUCUAAUAAUGUUUUGGAUUGAAUCUAUCGACUACAUACAAUUAAUAAAGAUAAUAUUUUGAGUGUU